AUGCUGGCUCUGGCGCAGAUGCGGGAUGAUUUCAACAAGUCCAGUUUUUGCGAGACGAUGAGCUCUGCUCACGCAUGCUCUGCGGCCAUGGAGGAUUUUCUGUCCUCGGACACCGUGGCUGACCUUGCCUUUGGCCACUGCCUGCGAAGCCACCGGUUGAGGCAAGCAAAGACGGAUGCUACGGUGGGCAGCUAUUGCCAGCGCUUUCAAGGUGUUCUCAGUGCAGCGGUGAAAGCAUCUGACACCAUUGACAGGCUUCGUGAGUGCUACAUGAUGGAGCUGGAGCAGAAAUCACACAAGUCAUCCACGGCACAAGGUGUCGCGACCAAGGGAACGCAGAUCCCGCAACAAGUUCCGGCUCCCCAGUCGCAGGUGCAGCAGCUUCCAGCUGUGCAGCCCCAGGUGCGGCAUUGUCCGUCGAGCUCAUUUCUUCGUUCUAUGCAUCCGCAACUGUUGGCAACAACUCGUACUUUUUCCAAUGCUUUACAUUCUCGCGCGCAAACUGAUGCAGUAGCAACAAUGCUUUGCCAACUGCUGCCAGCAAACCGUACUGCUUCCAUACAACUGUUGGUCACAAGCCGUACUUUGAGCGAUGCUGUUCAUUCGAGCACAAACUAUCGACAACAAAUCGUACUUCUUCCAAUGCUGUACACUCUAGCACAAACUGUUGGCGAUGCGCUGUACUUCUGGCAGUGA